AUGGUGUUGGUUGCCGUAGCUCGGACCAAGAAACUCCAGACCGUCACCAAUGUGUUCGUGGUCAAUCUCAGCGUGACUGAUUGCCUAUCCAGUUUUGCUUUUCUCUGGAGCGUGCUGGGAAUGGCAAGUACGACACCGGGAUAUCUGCUGCAGUCUGACGUCCCGUGUGUAACAGCAGCUGGUGCCGUGUUUACAGCCGUGGGCUGUAGCCUGUACACACUCGCUAGCAUCGCCCUGAACCGAUACAUUCUGAUCACAAGGUCCAGGGAGACCUUUCAGUGGCUGUACACACCCAAGAAGAUCACCCUGAUGGUCUCAGGCUCCUGGCUCGUCCCUGUAUGUGCCAUCGUCAUGCCCCCAGUUUUUGGAGUCGGCGACCUCGGCUUUGAUCCUGAGAGCCGAACCUGCAGCGAUGUUGACACUCAUCCCAUGGCCGAUGCCUACGAUAAGGUACAGUUCUGGGUCUUGUAUCCGUUACCGCUCGUGGUUAUCGUCGUUUCGUACGUCUUGAUCUGGCGAUACAUGAAACAGCAUUUCAGUAAACGCCGCCAAAAAGGCGUGAGUCAGCAAGUGUCAACGCUAAAAGCCGACUACUCGUCCACUUCAAAGUUAGACAUCGAUGACAACCGUCACGCUGGAGGUUUUGUGAAAUCAGUUGCAUCUUCUCAAAACACCGGGAGCUCACGUCAUCUCAGCCGCAUCAAGAAGGACCAGUUAACUAUCACCAAGAACCUCUUCGUCGUGGUGUUAACAUUCUUGGUUUGCUUCACUCCUAUCGCCAUUAUGGUGGUUACCAAGAGCAACCGCUACAUGCUUUACGGCGCUCUGACAAUGUUCCUCAGCAGCGGUAUCAACCCGUUCAUUUACGCGGCUAAGCAUCCUCACUUCAAGCCUGUCUUACGGUCCAUGGUCUGGUGCAGAUGCUCCACAGAGACGAUGGCAUAA